UAUUCUUGCCAGUGGCGGAGUUUUGGCUCUUUUUACGACUUUUGUUGAAAAGUUUAAGUCAAACAAAGAUAAUAUUGUUUCGUUAGUUGAAGUUACGAAAAACAUUGCAGCUGCAUCUGAUAAAGUAUUCAUGCCCACGUUAUUGCCGAUACCUGAUGAACACCUAAACAAGGAAAAUCUUGUUUCUAGGUGCGAAGAAUAUUUAUAUUUUUUAAAGCGUGUCAAUAAGCUUAUCGAAAAUGAAAAGAAAACUGCUAUAUUUGAUCAUGGGAUGCUUUGUAAUAACGAUGACGAAGUUUGGCUAGAAUUUGAAAUGAUAAAACAUCUGGAAGAAAAUAAUGAUGUUAAUGAAACGAUAAAACAUCCGGAAGAGAAUAAUGAUGUUAAUGAAACGAUAAAACAUCUGGAAGAAAUGAAUUUUUU